CAUCACGCGCCUGACAAGUUCGUGUGCCUGCCGUGCUUUUACCUCCCGAUCCUCCCCUGCUUCAUUCCUCCGGCCCCGCCCAGCUGCGGUGCGCAUCUGAGAUAUGCGGCGGCGCGAGCCUCCUCCGCCACUGCCGGCGGCCGGCGGCCCUAUGACCCGAAGAAGAAAGUUGGCGGAAUCUGAACCGCCGGCCGAAGACACCAUCAGCGACCUCCCCGACGCCGUCCUCGGCGAGAUCAUCUCGCUCCUCCCCACCAAGGACGGCGCCCGCACCCAGAUCCUCGCGUCCCGGUGGCGCCACCUCUGGCGCUCCGCCCCUCUCAACCUCGACUGCCGCGGCCUCAACCACGGGGAUGAGCUCGCUGGUGCCUUAUCACGCAUCAUUUCUUCCCACCAAGGCCCCUGCCGCCGCCUCUGCAUCCACGCCGACCUCCUUGACGCCCCAUCCACUACCGUGGACUCCUUGCUCCGGUCCGACGCUCUGGGCAACCUCCAGGAGCUUGAGUUCUCAUGCUUCGAGCGGCCGCCGCCGGCAUCAAUCUUCCGAUUCUCGCCCACCCUCCGUGUUGUCACCAUCGGAUGUUCCAACCUCCCCGACAGCACCGUCCAAGGGAUUCACUUUCCCCUGCUUCAGCAGCUCGGGCUUGAAUUUGUCUGCAUCUCCGAGUGCUCGCUGCAUAGCCUGAUUGCCAGCUGCCCCGCCCUGGAGUCCCUUCUGAUUCACCGCAGUUUUGGCUUUGCCUGCAUCCAAAUUAACUCGCUUUCCCUUAAAAGCGUUGGUCUUGAUAGUUAUGCUGUUUGGGAAAAUAACAAAGUCGCGUUACAGUUACAGGAACUCAUCAUCAACAAUGCUCCUUGUCUUGAAAGGUUACUGCUUCUUCAUCAGGAAACCGGUCUGCACAUAUCAGUAAUUGCGGCACCUAAACUGGAGACCAUAGGCUUCCUUUCAGAUGGGUAUUACGAGUGCAGUCAGGAUCACCUCUACAGACUUGCGUUUGGAUCCACAGUUAUUCUGGGAUUACAUGUAGAUAAUCUGGAGAUGGCGGUGUGCACGGUCAAGAUUUUAGCUAUCCAGAUGAAAGCUCUUUGUUUGGAUACGGUUAUUGACUUGCUGACAUGCUUUCCAUGCUUGGAGAAGCUGUACAUUAGGGCACGUACUUCAGAGUCAAGCAACUUGUGGCGUCGUAAACACCGGAAUCUGAUCAAUUGUCUUGACAUCCGUCUGAAGACGAUAGUUCUGAAAUCAUAUCGGGGCAUCAAGUCUCAAGUUAACUUUGUUACGUUCUUUGUAUUGAACGCGAGAAUGCUAGAGUCCAUGACACUUCAGGUUGAAACCAGUUAUUACAAUGAGGAGUUCUUGGUAGAACAACGUAGGAAACUUCAGCUGCAGGACAGAGUUUCAAGAGGUGCCCAGUUUCAUUUUACAACUGGUAUAUGUAUCCGCACUAACUGGGACAUCAAGCAUGUCCGUGAUUUGGAUGUAGUUGAUCCAUUUGUACGACGGUGCUGAAAAAACGUGGUUUGGUGGUCCAUCGAGGACUUACUCUUGCCUAUCUGCUUAUCCCAUCUUGUAUUUUUGUC